AGAGGGUAGAGAUAACUGAACUGUCAAACACAAUAAAAAAUAGAAAAGAAAAAGAAAAUUGUCUACAUCAUCUAAGUUAUAGUUUCAAGUGUUUAAGCCCAAAUUUUGAACAAACUUUUCAAUCCAAUUUCUCCGUUAGAAUGUAUUAAAGUUUUAAUUAGCAUUCAGUUGUCCAAAGCUGUGAAAAUGUGGAACUAAACUAAAACUAAAGUUUCGUUCUGGAAAAAUAUUUUGCUCUUGUAAAUUGUGCACAAUUGAUAACCAUAACAUCCCUCACUGCAGAUGUUGAUAAACAAUUUGCGGAAUAUUGAAUCUCGAUAUGCGAUUCAACAAACAGGAACUAGCUACACUAGCUACCCAGCCGAGUAACAAAUUUGAUAAAGAAGGUGUAUUGUUCGUAACAGAAAAGCAGGAGGGAUUUUUCAGACGAUCUGAAGAUGAGACUGGAGCACACAGUCGAUCAAAAAUACCACAAAGACGGCACUCAUUGAGUUGUAUUGGUGGAACAGCAAAAGUCAGCCUGGAAAGAUGGUGUCGAUUACGUGGAAAUCUACUCUUCUACUUCAAAACUAGCGAUCAGUUUUCGGAACCGCAGGGAGUGAUUGUACUGGAAAAAUGUGAAGCGAAUAUCCGGAAUAACAGUCGAGAGCAUGAUGGCUUCGUAUUUUUCAUCGAAUUUCAGGACGGGUUACGGCAACGUUUGGCAGCUUAUACCGAAACUGAACGACUUGAUUGGAUCAAGUCAAUUCAAUCUGCUAGCUAUGGACAGCUGCGGAAACAAUUGCAGAUGUUGCGUGAAAAAAUUGAAAAAUGUAAAGACACCACACAUGAUGUUGAUGUUGAAAUGGUUCGAUUGCAGGUCGGCAAGGAAAUAGACAUUGGAGAAAUUCCAAUAUGCGAAUCGGCUAUCUCUUGCGACAAUCUAUUGUGCGAUGGCCAUGGUCGAGCGCCAAAUCCAAUAGUUGUCAUUCAAGUAGUUGCACAAAAUAGAAAUGGUUGGAUAAAAUACAGCCGGACCGAGGUGAUUGAACGCUCCUCCAAUCCACAAUUUCUCUGUACCAUACCGUUUCGGUCAUGCGAUGGUCUCCAUUCGAAAUCAAUGAUUAGAUUUAGUGUAUACGAUGUUCGGGAAAAGGUGUCACAAACGGCGGUACCGAUUGGUUCGGCUGAAAUCGAAUUAGGUGUCAUCCAAGAUACAACGCGUCUGAGAAUUCCGUUGCGGUCGGCAGCUGGAACGAAUGCCGGUUUCAUUACCAUUGCGUCGUGGGCUCCCGAACAAGAUCGCAAAACGCCCAGGUCGCCGGCGAAAAUUGUUGAACAACAACAUUUAGGGCAUAGACGAUCGCAAUCACUUCCACCAAAACUUGGUGUUAAGUUGUUUUUCCCACCGCAAGAGAAGCUGGCACUGGUCUUUGCUAAUCCAAAUAUCCACACAUAUCGUUUACAUUCUGGACUUGGCGGUGAUAUCAGCGUUCACGAAAUAAUGAUGGAGUGCCAACUCUGCUUCAUAAUACCACAGCAGCUAUUAUCUAUUUGGAUACUGCGUGAAAAGGAACUUCUUCAGGAGAUAUCUGGUAUUGGCGAACUGGGUGGGGAAUGGCGAAACAAACAGAUGGACUUGCUGGAUAAACAUCUCAAACUACUGAAAGACUACUCGCAAGCGAAGCAGAAUCUUCAACAGUACAAUUCGCAAAAAUUCUUUAAAUCAUCGGCUAGUAAAACGGAUGAAGCGUUCGAAUUUGCACCGGUUAAUUUGCAUUUACAACGAAUGUGGGCGCAUAACGAUACGUUGAAACGAUCUGGUGUAUUAGAUGUGAUUACCGUGGGUGCGUUUACGAAGCAUGCUGGAAAAUCAAAGACUGGAGGACUGAUCAAAUUGCUUCAGCAAAUGAAAGAUUCUCCAUCGAAAAUGGAUCAGAAUGGCGUUAAAGUACAGGCAGCCAAUGAUGCAGUUCAAGCAAUAAAGCAACUUCGUAAAGAAAUCGUUGCAAUCAUGUCGCAACUUCUGUGUCUUGCAAAGUCCAAAAACUCCAAAGGAAUGUUACCGCUCUGCAACGAAAUGGUGACGAAGACGCGAGUCCUAUUAAAUAUAUGGGAACCAAGUCUCGUAGAAGAAGCAUUUGAGUUUAUUGAAAAGCAUCGUACUGUCGAAGAGCCAGAUAACUUUACCAUGCCCAUGUCGCCAUUCAAAAAGAUCACCCAACAACUUGGUGCCUUGGAUCUGAAGUCACCCGAUUUGGAGGACUUUGCCACACCAAUGGGAUCGGCACCGCCUGACUUAUGGCCAUCGAUAAAUGCAAACAAGAGUCGAUCGCAUAAUUUCAAAACGAAAAGUCCAUCGUCAACGGACAUAAAUGCUAUUGCGACCAUUCAGAACACAGUGAAGACCUAUCAAAGCCAAACAUCUCAUCGUCGGAUGAGUGAAAUGGCGUCGUCGCCUAGCGAACGAAUGUCAUAUUCACUACCCGUCGAAACCGUCAGUUCGGGCGAAUCGGGUGGCAUUAAAUUCAACGAGACCCACUUUGAUGUGAACGGCGAUAUAGUUCCCGGUGAUGAAAUACAACCGACUAAACCGACAACAAUUUGUGAUCGAAUGGACCAUGAAUCGGUCGAAAACUCGUUCGCACAACAAUUUGCUGAAAGUAGAAAUGAAAUUCUGCAUAACUCGACCGAAUUUGACGAUAAUGGCUUGACGCAAAAUUGUUCCAUCGUCUUGGGACAUAAUGGAGCUUUUCUCGAUGCUAAGGUGAUGAGUUCGUCGCCAUCUGCAAAUUUUUAUCGGCCAACCGAGGAGCCAGAACCAUUGGACUUGACUCAACUAAACAUUGAAGCGAGUGUAAUGUGCUUGGUUAGUAAAGUGAAAUUUUUAUGUGGCAGAUGUGGUAGUCCCGCCGUUCGUCUUCGUCAACCGAAGCAGUCAAUAAAACGAGGUUUCAGCAGCCUUCCACCAGAUGUAGUGACUAGUCAACCAAUAGCAAAUUCAAUAUGCACAUCCGACGCAGAACAUUCUCAUAUCUCAACGACUACGGAGACUUCAAGUGAAAUACCGCUGACGAAAACUGGAAAUCUUAGUAGCAAGGAUUUGAACCUAGCAUUGACUCAAGCUGUUGGCGAAGUGACACGCAAAGUAAAAAAAGGAAAUAAAUUCACUGACGGACUAGAUUUAUCAUUGACCACAGACUGGGCUUCCGAACUGAGACCUUCUAUGCGUAAAUUACGUCAGGCCAUGGAUGGUCUGUUGAAAACUGCACGUCUCAUGCAUUCCGUUCAAAGGGUUCAGCAGGACAUGAAAAAAACAUCUGUUACGCUGACCACAAUGUAUCGGCGAGAUGUUUGCUUUUCACAAGCCUUAACAUCUCUUGUGGCUGUGCUAAUGGCUAAAUUGUGGGGAAAUCAAAUAACUGAGAAUUAUGUACACAUCCUUGGUAACUUGGGACCGCUGGUGUACUUUGAAGGACUGCUAUCUCUAUAUGGAUUGGAAACAGACAUGUGGGGUGACAUGUGCGUGGCAAUUGAAGAUUUGUCUUCCGUUCAAUUCACACUGGUUCGAAGCAACAUUCAAAGAGACACUAAGGCACUUCCGGUUCCACGGAUUAUCGGUUCGAGACAAUCAAUAAAAGUACUUCUUCCUGUACCAGAAUCGGUACAUUCCAUUCUUCCAACAAAAGAGACGACUUCAUUCAAAGUGACGCCGGUUUUUUUCAACAUUGGCAUCAAUGAGAAAGCAACUCUGUCCGAAACGCUUGGAUACACCAGAGAACAGCAUAGAUCGAACUGGGAUAAUUUCGACAGAAUCAAACAGUACCACAUUCGGUACAAGAAAUUGAAUCUUUCCGUUCCGGAUACGCCAAGCAAAACCGAAAUCACCGUACAAGUGCAAACGGUGACCGAUCUUCUAUUUGAAAUGGAGGAGUCGCUGAGAUCAAAUGCUUCGAAAAAUAUAAAAAUUCUGCAUUUAGCCGAAGACAUUUGCAGAGCGGUACAAGGCUUACGAUUGACUUCGUGUAAAAGUGCCAAAGAUCGCACCGGUAUGGCUGUUACGCUGGAGCAAUGUCGAAUUUUACAGAAAGAAUUUCACUUACCUGCAAGCAAUCUUCAAAAUGUCAUGGACACAAUGAGAAGCAAAGGCACACGAUGUGAUAAUACCGUUAAGAACAUUGGCAUACGUAAGUAUGCAUUCAAUUUGCCGCAAGUGCUAGCAUUACCGCAAUUAUAUAGGCCACCAACUGGAUCGUAUGGUAAAGCACAAUCUUAAUUGAAUGUCUGCGAUACCAACUGAGAUUGGUUGUUAGUUUAUUGAACGAAUUUUUUGUUUUGUGAAAAACGUUUUUUUUUUGUUAAAAAAAAAUAAUUCAGCUUUAGAUGACGAUAAAUUGAACAUUACACACAGCCAAGAAUAUAUGAAAUAUAUUGGUCGUACUUUAAUUUUAAGUUAUCACCAAUAAAUAACGGUCAAAGGAAAGAGUAAACUUAAAAGUGUGUUCGCUAUUUGACUCUUAAAGAAAAAAUGGAACCCAUUAAAUGGAAUAAUUUUCGUUUUGAA